UCUGUUGAAUUCGAUUUUGUUCUAUUUUGUCAUACUUUAUCAUUUUGUUUCUUUUUUAUAGAUAAUCUGCUGGGAAUCUCUUGGGUUGACAGUUCCUGGAUUCCUAUUUUGAACAGUGGAAGUGUCCUGGAUUACUUUUCAGAAAGAAGUAAUCCUUUUUAUGACAGGACAUGCAAUAAUGAAGUGGUCAAAAUGCAGAGGUUAACAUUAGAACACUUAAAUCAGAUGGUUGGAGUGGAAUACAUUCUUUUACAUGCUCAAGAACCCAUUCUUUUUAUCGUUCGGAAACAACAGCGGCAGUCCCCUACCCAAGUUAUCCCGAUGGCUGAUUAUUAUAUCAUUGCUGGAGUGAUCUAUCAGGCACCAGACUUGGGAUCAGUUAUAAACUCUAGAGUGCUUACUGCAGUGCAUGGCAUUCAGUCAGCUUUUGAUGAAGCUAUGUCAUACUGUCGAUACCAUCCUUCCAAAGGGUAUUGGUGGCACUUCAAAGAUCAUGAAGAGCAAGAGAAAGUCAAACCUAAAGCUAAAAGGAAAGAAGAACCAAGCUCUAUUUUCCAGAGACAGCGUGUGGAUGCUUUACUCCUAGACCUUAGACAGAAAUUUCCUCCCAAAUUUGUGCAGCAAAAGUCUGGAGAAAAGCCUGUCCCAGUGGAUCAGACAAAGAAAGAAGCCGAACCUAUACCAGAAACUGUAAAAUCUGAGGAGAAGGAGGCCACCAAGAAUGUCCAACAGACAGUGAGCACUAAAGGCCCUCCUGAAAAACGAAUGAGACUUCAGUGAGUGUUGGACGAGAGAGAAACCUGUAAGACUCUUCCUGUCCUUUAUUAUACCUCAUUACUGUGACAUGCUCUUGAACUUUAAAAUUCUUUGUCACAAUCCUCUCAUUUGUAUAGAAUGUUGUACUUGUUCUUUAAGGAAAGAUGAACGGAUCUUCAUGCUUUCCAUAUGAAUAUUUUUGAUGUAUCCUUUCCUUUGUGAUCUUCCCCCUACUGAACUCGCGCAACUUCCUCAAUCAUAUGUGUACCUUAUACAUUAAAAAAAAUAAAUUUAUUUGUAUAAAUUACUUUAUCAUGGCUUU